AGCACGCUACCCCACCACCCCGUCCCGUACGACGCUCCUCGACGCAGCCCUCCGCCGCGCACGGAAUCCCUCUGAACCAAUCCCGUCCUCGAGUACACCCCGCAAGUCCCCAUCUCCAUCACGGCCGCGCUCACGCGCAACGUCGCCCAUCCGCCUUCUCCAAAUGGGCGUGAGCGCGUUCCGCGCCGCACGCACCGAGCACGAUCACGCACGAGAAGGCACAGCCGACGGUGCGCCGCCCCGCAAUGCAGGGGGGAGAGGGCAGAGACGAGGCAGAAGAGGAAGAGGACGGCGGGGAAGGAGAGGCAGGGGCGAUGAUGACGAAGAUGACGAAGAAGAGCCCUUCGUCCCCGUCGACCCCUGGCGCCUACGCGCGCGCAUCCGCCAGCUCUCUCUGAACACCCCGCACAUUCCCGACCUCGAAAGCGGACUCCACCGCGUGCAAUCCAACCUCGGCAUUCCACCCGAGGCAGAGUGCCACGAAACACUAACAUCGUGCCUCCCCUCCCCACCGUUCCUCUCUUCCCUCCGCUCCCACUCUUUCCCUCUCCUCCGCCCGCUCUCACUCGCCCGCGUCGCGUCACCGAGGCUCAAGCGAGGCCUCGAAGACACAUGGACGCACUUUACAGACACACUCCCGCGCCAGAUAUACCUACACAUCCUCCUCCGCCUCCCGAGCCUCUACUUCGCACGCAUAGCGCGCGUAUUCGAGGACGCCGAGCUGAGCAAGCCCGAUAUCGAGCGCAUGGUCGAGGCGUGCUGGGAGGGCGACUGGGCGUCUCUUCCUCAGGGCCGUUCUCAUUCUCACGGGCCACGUCGAACUCACGGCCGGAGCCCGGGACAUGCUCACCACUCGCCCUCGCCGCCGCCGCGCUUGCUCGGGCAGGGUCUUGUCGGGAGCCCGAGGGCGUCGCUCGCCAGAGGGCUCGGGAUCGGGGCCACUUCGGCUCCGGCUUCUUUGGCUGCCGGGAACGACGACGCGCACGAGGAGGGCGGCGCGACGGACGAGUGGGCGCUGCCGUUCCCCGAGGAGUGGGUGAGCGGCGCGGCGGACGUGCCGCCGUCGAUCGUGCGCUUCAAGCGCUCGUGGGAGGAGUUCAUCGAUUCCCUGCUAAGGGAGUGGAAGACGCUCAAUUUGGUGUCUGCGUUGUUGCUUUCCGCAAUCCUCUCCAUGUUCCAAAACACCCAAAUGUCGCUCGACCCCCUCAUCCGCACCCCCGCACUCAUCUCGCUCACCUGCGCGCUCAUGUCCCUCUCCUACGGCUGCGUGUACAUCGUGCGCUUCGGCACCAUGCGCACGAUGCACAACGCGCUCCGCUGGGCGGACGAGGCGCGGCACACGGAGACCUCGAUAUGGUGGAACGUCUGGGUCCUCCUCGCCAUGCCCGCCGUCUGGCUCGCGUGGAGCAUGGUCUCCUUCGUCGUCGCCAUUCUCGCGUUCGUGUGGCGCUCGGGCGCCGACAGCGAUCCGCAGACGCCCAAUCAGCUGGGGAGCAGGGCGGUGCUGGGCCCGCGCGUGGGGAUAUCGAUGCUGUUCGUGCUGGGGGUUGUGUAUUUCGGGGCGAUGGUGAGGACGCUGGGGAGCUACGGGUACGGGCGGCGCGGGGCGAGGGAGGCGGCGCGGUAUCCGCCGAUGCACCUGUACCUUUCGAACUCGAGGCCGACGUCGACUUCGCCGCCGCCGCCGGAUUACCUCGAGCGCGAGCGCGACGUGGGCCUCGUUGGUGCGCGCAGACCCGGGGCGUUCACCCCGCCUCCGGCCAUCAGCCCCACCCCACGCACCUCGCUCGACGACCGCGAUCGCGUAGGGCGUACCGUCUUCCCUCCUGACCGCGGGACAGGAGAACCCCAACGCGGACGCGACCGCACCACGCGGCGAGGUGCCGAUAUUGGUCGGCCCCGCCGUGCGUCCGACGCGCAGAUCCCGCUCUCGGCCGUUACCGGUCUCGGGCUGAUGAAUUUGCCAGGGGACGGGUCAGGCAGCGGUGUCAAUCUCAGCGGCAGUGGCAACGGCAACGGCAACGGCAACAGCGAAGCGACGCCCAGGUCGAGCGAUAGUUUGGUGAUGACGGAGAAGGAGGCGCUGUAAGGUCCAUUCGCGCAACGUGGAAUGGAACUGAGGCGUGCGCGUGAUGCUGCGUCUUGGACUUGGAGUUUGGAUUUUGUCCGUGCUGUGAGGAGUGGGCAGAUGCUGUAUGUUCUUGCUGUACGUGGAAGUCUCGCGGGAGGCGAGGCACGAUGCGGUACGCUACGCUACGUUACGUUGCGGUGCGCUGUGGUAUGCGCAUACAUGAUGGCCGGUGUACUUCUGUCUCUUCUCGUCACCCACGUCCGUGAUGACCGGUUCACGAAUAUUUAUUCUGACAUCAUAUUGUAUAUUUCACAGCAUCGACGCACGGCGAGUUUUCGCUGGACGCCUAAUAGCGAGCAGGAUUCUUUCCGCUCUUGUCUCCGUGUAUAUACCUCUGUAUGCA